AUGGCGGCACCUGGAGGUCGUUAUUUCAUCCAGGAGAAGUUGAAAGAUUCAGCUGUACAUCAUGAGAGUUACAAGCAGUUGUGGGAAACGAAGUGGAAACAGCUUGCAGAAUCUGGGAUGUAUCCAUUCAUGUUCAGCACAGCCAAGGACUUUGAGCCGAUAGUUGAGGAUCUGGUGAAGCGUGACUUCAAACCACCUUAUGACUGGGAUGAAUACGCAAGAGCACAUUUUCCACAAGCUGAAAAACUACUUAAUGUGGCCAGAAAAGCGGAUGCCAAAGGCGAGAUUGAAAAGGCAAGCGAAUAUUAUCUCAGAGCCAGUGCGAUACACCGUGUUGCGCGCUUCCCUACACUGCGUUCUGACGCGCAAAGAGAGGCGUGGCGCCUACAGAAGGAAUGCUGUCUCAAGGGCCUCAGUCUUCGACCGCACCCUAUCCUGGAAAUCAAUGUUCCACACACACACGGCUUACCUAUCGAGGGUGACAAGAUUCCAAUAUAUUAUCUGGUUCCUACUGGAGCUAGCAAGCAAAACCGUGUUCCCUGCCUAAUUUUUAUAACAGGCCUGGAUGCGUAUCGAACCGAAGCUGCAAUAUUCAUGGAUGCAUUCCGCAAAUUAGGCAUCGCUACCAUAGCCAUCGAAGUUCCGGGAACUGGAGACUGUCCUGCUUCACGUACGGACCCGAAAUCUCCAGAUCGUCUGUAUUCAAGCCUUUUUGAUUGGAUCGCCCAGCAGGACAGCCUUGAUAUAGACAGGGUCGGAGUAUGGUCAUACAGUACGGGCGGUUAUUACGGAAUCCGGAUCGCGCACACACAUCCUGGAGAUCUGAUUGGAGUUGUUUCUCAAGGAGGUGGAUGUCAUCACAUGUUUGACCCAGAGUGGCUUAACAAUGUGAACCAUCUCGAGUACCCCAUGGACUUAGCAGGUGCAUUAGCUGACAAGUUUGGUUAUGGAAACGACGUUGAAGCCUUCAAGUUGGAGGCCUCUGACAAGUUUUCGCUGCUCAAGGACGGCACCCUCGACAAACAUAAAUGCGCACGUCUCCUCUUGGUCAACGGAACGGACGACGAAGUAUUUCCUAUCGAUGACCUUUAUCUUGCGCUGCAGCAUGGCGCAGCAAAGGAAGCUCGUUUUGAGACCGGUGCUAUGCAUAUGGGAGGAACGCUGAGCUACUAUAUGUCUAUCAGGUGGCUAUUUGAUUUGUUCGAAAAAGACGCCGAUCCGGCAGUCGUCUUGCAAGCUUUGUCAUUCAAACCUAGAUACUAA